AUGGCAGAAAUAAAUACCUUCCAGCCCAGAGGAGCUGGUCAUUUCCCAUGUCGCCAUUGCUAUAAAGUGUUCAAAUACGAAAGAAAUCUCCACGAACACGUCUACGGAAACCAUCCUCCAAUGCAUUACUGUUUUUUGUGCAAUAACAUUUUGCCUAUCGAGCACAAACCAAUUCAAUUGCACAUGAUCACUAUCCACAAUCUUCCGGACACAAAAACCUGUGCUUGCUGUGAUGCAACAUUUGCCAGAAAAUCUAUCUAUGAUAACCACAAGAAACAAAUUCGAAGUGGAGACAAGGUCAAACUCGAAACAGCAAUUGCCACUUCUAUCCGUUAUCGAGAUCCAAUCUUAUCAAUCAUGAAUCCUAAGAAGAAAAUGGAAGUUGAAGAACAGGAAGCAACAAAAACGCUGAUGAACAAGCUUCCGUAUAAAAUCGUCUACUCCAAUGACAAAAUAAUUCCAAAGUCUGCUCUCCCAAUACUCGCGGAAGCUGCAGUUGACAUCAUUCAAGCUGUUGGAUUUGAAAAGCUGGGGAUCCGUGCAAAAAAGAGGAAAAUUGAUCGCGGUCCGGCCAGCCAAAUGAGGACAAGUUAA